AUGCCACAGGUCGGUAAGACCGUAAGAGGUGGCUUCUUCAACCUCACGAUGUCUUUGAAUGUCGUUAACCAGAUCAUAUCACAAUUGACAAGCCAUGGAACAUUUAACCAGGUUUUCAGAGGAAUCCAAGCUGUUUCAGUAACAGAUAAUUGCCUGACGUGUAGGUUCAAAGUUACGACUUCUGAAGCCAAUUCACUAAACACUUUACAUGGUGGAUACAUCCUUGGGGCUAUCGACUUUAUAACUUCUGUCGAUCUGGUGAGAUUAGGGUGUAUGAAGCACGUCAGCGUUAAUCUUGAAGCAUCAUUUAUAAACCCGGGAAAACUGGACUCAUGGAUUAGGUCAGAUUCAUAUGUACUAAAGAAAGGGAAGCGUAUGGCCUUCUGUGAAAUCAAAUUCAUGAACGAACAGUCAGGAGAACUAGUUGCACGUGGAACUCACACGAAAUACAUAAUAGACGAGAUAAACUUAUCUCCUAAGAAGUAG